GUGACUUUUUAAAAAGUUGUGCCGUUUGCCCGUUCACAAAAUAAACGAUGGAGUGGCGCCAGCAGACCAGUGUGAGCUGUGGAGACGCGUUCAACGAGGCUCGACGCUGGAUUCAGGAAGUGACUGAAAAAUCAUUUGGCUGCAAUGACUUCCGUGCUGCCCUGGAGAAUGGAGUCCUGCUUUGCGACUUGAUCAACCGGUUGAAACCUGGCAUUAUUAGGAGAAUAAACAGGCUUUCAACUCCCAUUGCUGGCCUGGAUAACGUGAAUGUAUUCCUGAAAGCUUGUGGCAAAGUGGGACUGAAUGUGUCUCAGCUGUUCCACCCAGGAGACCUGCAGGACCUGUCCACUCGUGCAACACUCAGGCGAGAUGAAAGCGACAGAAGACUAAAAAAUGUUCUCAUCACAAUCUACUGGUUGGGUCGCAAGGCUCACCUUGACACGCUCUACGAUGGUCCCCAGCUGAACUUCAAGGCUUUCGAAGGGCUGUUAGGGUUGGCCUUGUCCAAGGCACUAGAUGAAGGCGGCAAUGUGUUUGCAAAAGAGUGCUGGUACCUCGUGAGGGAGGAAUGUCACCGCACGAGACCAAGCUACAAGGCCGAGAACAUUGACUCUCUGGAUUCCCGAGCCCUCCCGCCAAACAGUGAAGGUUGUGGAAGUGACGCUGAAGCUGAGCAGGUGUUUAAGAUGGAGACAACACAGCCCUCAACCCAGCUGAACAAAGAUUUUCUCCCACCGAGAAAACAAGAACGGGAGGAGAUUGGAAGGAGCUACGCUGCUACGCUCGCCAGGAGCAAAUCGCUCAGCGACAUCCCGAUGAUGCACCCUGUGCGUAAAGUUCCUGACUGGAGCACCAUCUAUGAUUUGGACCACAAGACGGACAUGGCGAGGGAGUGCAACCUAGAAAACAAACCGAAGUGUAGCGUUGCUGCCAAGGACAGUGAAGCUCAGUGGCAUGAUGACUUGACAAAGUGGAAGAGUCGUCGCAGGAGCACCAAGACCGACAGGAAAUUUCAAGACCGAGAGCAUGUCAUUAACCAGAUGGCCAAUGGGGCUGUGAUCAAAUUUGAGAAGAAGGAAGCACAAAGCAGACUGCUAAGAGACCAGCAGUCCCCACGCAGGCCUUACGCUACCCCUCGUCUUUACGCCACCUCUCCUCCAAAAUCAUUGAGCGCUAAUCUGAGGCCACAGACUCGAGCUCUGCUGGCCCGCAGCGACGCCACAGAGACACCGUUCAGCCCCAUGUCUCCACUCAGCCCCCACACUCUGGGAUCGUCAGUUGGAGCCAUGCCGGUAUCUGAUGGGAACAUCUCGGGAGAGGAGACCCACUCUGCCUCCUUGGCUUCAGAUGGAGCAGGAGUUACCACCCCUUCUCUGGACUGUCCUUUCAGCUCCCAGACCCAAGUCAAAGCGCGGUGCAGCACAGCUUCUCUGCAGCCCACAACAGAACUGGCACAACCAGAAAACUGUUUUACAAAUGUGAAAAAGCCAAAUGUUACCACAAAGUCAACCAACAUCAGGGAUCCUGUGUUGAUUCACCAGGAACCUCCAUUCUGUGUUGUCCCCACUUUGUGCCCCGAUGCUGUUCAUCAGGCAGGAGUUGAUGCUCUGGGCGACUUGCCCCACAAGAACCACACGUCCCAGGAAGAGAGCCAGAAGACGACUUUGGAACCAGCCAUGGAGCGAGGCAGAGGCCAGCAGGUUGCAGGUGUCUACAAGUACUUGUCCAGAGCAGGAUCAUGGUCUGGCUCAGCCAGCCUACCCCGUGGCUACCGGAGGUCCGAGGGCUCAUCUCGUCUCUCUUCUGCAGUCACAGCCAGACCCUUUGGAACCAAGCAGGCCAGGGUGUCCUCGCUGCCGAGACUGUGCAAUGUAGACAACGAGGGUUGGCUUUUGAAAAGUUGGAAACAGGAUUCUUUCUCUCCAACAUCCAAAUCUUCACUCAAAAGGCAGACUGCGACAACUCAUCUGAAAGUGCAGCACCAGCCCUUAAUCGGACAGGACGCAAAGCAGAAUGGCACGCCGCAGGGCGAGGAGGUGAAAGGUGCCACAUUCCCAAGUCAGACCAAUGGCUCCAAUAAUCAGCCCUACGCCCAGACCAAGCUAGUACCACUGCCGUAUUCAAACCUGCAGACCCAGCGCAACAUGACCUUGACGCUCCCAUCUAAGGUGGAUCACAGUGACAUGAGAGUGAGCCUUACACUCAGACCCAACAGCAGACCAGACUUUGGUUUCCAGACUCAUUGGGACUCCACAGGGGCGAGGGUCAGAUGUAUUCAACCUGGAAGUGCAGCGGAGCUCUGCCAUCUGUGUGUUGACGAUCACAUUGUGGCUGUUAAUGGAGUUGCGGUGGCACACUUGAACUACAACCAGUGGAGGGAUAAAAUGGCAUCUUCCCUGAAUACUGGCAAUCUGACCAUGGACAUUCGGCGUUAUGGCAACACGGAUUGGAGCACCAGUGAAGGGAAUCAUCACAACCAAGCAGGCCAGAGCAGGGUGACCCUCAAUCUGACGGCCGCAGCGCCCGUUCUGAUAGGUUACCCCGAUCACCAUGCCAACAGUGGUGCCUCUGCAGAAACCACAGUCAGGAAAGUGUCCAAAUUGAAUGGGCAGACUGACGAUGUUUUACAAGGUAAAGUCAUGUAUGAAGAGCUUGCUGACAACCACAGCACCGCCAGUAAAGAAUUUUUCAAACGGAAAGGAGGUUCAGAAUCUGCGAUAUCAGAUCUCCAGGUGCCAUCCCUCAGCCCCUCCUCCUCCAGCUGGUCAUGGGACCAUGAGGAGGAUCGAAGGCGUCAGGAGAAGUGGCAGGAAGAGCAGGAGCGCCUCCUACAGGCACAAUAUCAGAGGGAUCAGGAGAGGCUUGAAUCUGAGUGGCAGAGAGCACAACAAGAUGCAAAGAGGGAGUUAUGCAGAAAGUCAGGGCAUUUGAAGCAGAACACUUUUGAGAUGACCGAUGGUGGUGAGAGCCCUGCCAGCGCACCGCUGUAUGUGAAUGGAUUGACAAACAAAGCCAGAGGAGAGCAGAGCCCUGCUCACGAUGAGCUGAAAGAAGCAGGAUCGAAACCUCAAAGUAAUGCACAAGGAGAGCGGCAUGACAAGAAUUCUGAACAAGCCUGGGCUGAUGACUGCUGUUUUGCGAAGCUGUCGCCUGCACACAGGGCAAAGUCCUUGUCCACCCCAGCGUUGGCUGGCCCCCACAAACCGACAAGAGGUGAUGAGUGGAAAAGAACAGGACGGGCUGUGUCCAACGCUGAGAAAGAUAGGCAGCAGAUAUUGGAGGAGAUGAAGAAAAGGACUCAGCUUCUGACCGACAACAGCUGGAUACGUCAGCGCAGCAGCAGCUUUUACAAACCCCCAAUCUAUGUGGGGGUUCCUAUGAAGAGGUACGAGUCCCUGGACGACCUGGAAACUUUGCGUCAGUCCCACUUCUCGACUGCUCCGUUCAGUUGCCCUCGUCCAAACUCUGUUGCUGCCCCGAGUAGGAACUCCUCUUCCCGCUACAGCACUGGAUCAAUAAUAUCCCAGAAAAAUGUAUUUGACUCCCCUCAUCAUAGCCGGAUGGUCAGUGGCAAGAGGACUUGCUGUGUGUGUGAGCGUGGCCUGGGUAUUGGGGCAGCCAUGGUCAUAGAGACCCUUGGUCUCUGCUUCCACCUCGCCUGUUUCCAGUGUGUGGGCUGCCACCGACAUCUCGGAAGAACUGAGAAUGGAGUCCAGGUUCGAAUUCGAAACCGCCAGCCCCACUGUGAGCCCUGCUAUUUCAAACUCGAGUCUUCUGCUGUCCCCUCCAUGUGAGUAAGCAGCCGGAUCGCUGGGAAGCCCUGUUGGAUACGUCUGAAAACACUCAGCCAAGCCAUGCCUUUGUUCUAGAGCAUAAACUUCUGGUAAAACCAUAAACUCCCUGAUAUCAAAUGUUGACAAUCUGUGGAGCCACAUGGAAAGUAGACAUGUUAUGGCUGUUUUUAAUCACGUGUGCUUAAUUUGAUACUUUCUGUUCUUUCUCCAGCUAAUUUGUAAGAAGAAAAUGUGGGUUAUAUAUAUAAAAUAAAGUAAUUAUGGGAAUUAUAUUUUUUUGAUGAAUGCUUUUAUUUUAAUAUAAAUGUUGCUAUGUCACUUCCUUGUCAUUAUGGUAUUUGUCCAAUCGUAUAGUAAAGCUCUUUUGUUAUUGGACAUGUCUGGUGGAACAUUUUAACUUGUACUGAAGCACUUUCUGUUGUCUUGUAAUCUCACCAAGUGCACUUUAGGCUAAAUCAGUGAUUUAGAUUAGCAAUAUAUAAUAUCAUGUGGGAAUCUGAAUUGAAACAUUUUUGUAAAUAAAGUGCACCGAACAUAAUCUGAGGUUUUGUUAUUCGUGUACCACAUGGUGGCAUCAUUGGCCUCAGGGUGAAAAUGUCUGCCUCAUACUGUGAAUGGAAAUGUCAUUUGAAUAUGCCCAAAUUAUUUUAAAUGUAACUGUUUUGGGGGGGGGCGGGGGAGAUUUAGUGUACAAUAUGACUUAACAUGUUAUUUCACAAGAUGUCGUUUCAUAUUUCAUACCAGGUACCUCAGAGUACCUUUCGGAGGCUACUUUUCAGACAUGAAAUACCAGUUUACUGUGUUUGCGUAUUGUUUUCUUAAAUAUGACUGACAACAACAAACUAAAAGUAAUGAGUAUCCAACGAUUUACAGUUGCAAUGUGUAAAUUCAUGGACAUGAAUAACACUUGUAUGAAUUAUCACGAUUGUGAUCCUAAUGGAUACUUUCGAAACCUGCUCAUAAACCGGUUCUUCAUGUCCAUAUAAAGGCAUUUAUAGAUGAACACGUCAUGCAUGAGGUGCUGUUAUGCUGUCAAAAGAAACUGGAUAGAAAGAAUAAACAAAUAUUCUGCCUGA